AUGGAAAACACUGGUUCAGAGAGUAAUUUAUUGAACUCACAAGUAAAAUAGAAAUUAUCUGAUUAGAUAACAGAUGAUUCAUGCACAAGAUUUGAUGAAAAUAGCAUGAGUAGUGAAAACAGAAGAGAUAGUGUUUAGAGCUCUAGCAAGCGCAUUAGAAAAUUAAGCAUGGAAGAAGUAGAUUUGCUCAAGAAAUAUAGAAAAGGUAGAGAGAAAAAUGUUAUCAAAGUAAGAUAAAUGCGAAAGAAUACUUAAAAUCUAAGAGAAAAUUUCAAAGCUAUCAAAGAAAAUAUGAUUGAAUAUUUAGAAAAAAUUGAUAGUUUGAUAGAUGAAAGAUGUGAAGAGAUAGAGAGCAAAGUUAAUCAGCUUGAGAGCGAUUGCAUUAUUCCUGAAAUAGAGGAUAUAAGAAACAACUAUGAUUCAUAGAAAUCAAAAGACGAAGACCAUUUCAAUUAAGAAUUAUUAGAAAGCAAUGUUAAUGAUCAACAUUUAGAGAUAAUAAGUAAACUGAUUGAAUGCAAAAGGAACGUGAGUGGAGAUUUCGACUCAACUUAAAACCACAAAGCUAAUGUAUUAUCUGAAUACAUCUAAUAAUUGAAUUAGUGUAUUUCACACUUGCAUGAGUAUAUUGACGAGGACUAAUCUCAACUCUUAAAAUCUUUAAAAUGUAUUCAAAAUAUAAAUUACUUAAAACUCCUCCAAAAACUAAGGGAAAAGAAUUAUAUAAAAUCAGAUCUUGUAGAAUCAAUAAUGCUUUAAGUAGAAAGAAGCGACUUUACCACAAAUCCAUAUGAGGAUAGAGCUCAACAAAUAGGAUUUAGCACAACUAUAAGUGCUCCCCAUAUGCAUGCCUACACUUUGGAAAUACUAAAAGAGCAUGCUCAAGAGUCUAUGAAAUGCUUAGAUAUUGGUAUUGGAAGCGGAUGGAUGACAACUGCACUUGCAAAGCUUAUGAAGGAUGAAAGCGCAAUAUGCUAUGGGUUAGAUCAUUUAUAAGGAGUUCUUAACAUUUCUAAGAAGAACAUAAUGAAAAAUCAUAAAGAACUGCUUGAAUCAGGAAAAAUUGUCUUGGUAAAAGGAGAUGGAAGAGAAGGAUUAGAAGACUACGCUCCAUUUGAUAUUAUCCACCUUGGAGCUGCAGCAACUCUCAAGGCUGUUAACAAAUUUAUACAUUAAUUAGCUCCAAACGGUAUACUUGUAGGGCCUAUAAUUAAAGACACUUAUAGUUAAGAGUUUAUGAUAAUUAGAAAAAAUGCGGAAGGUCAAAUAUCGAAGCAUACUUUGCUUCAUGUAACUUAUGGCAGUUUAGUAGCUGUUGAAGAAUAAUAUUAAGGCUCAGACGAAGAAGAAUACUAUGAGAAUGCAGAAGAUUAAAUUACAUUUUAAUAGCAAGUAAUUCACGUAGAAAAGAAACCUGAAUGUGAAUUAGAGGAUGAAGAAAACUUGUUUUAAGAUCUAAGCGACAAUGAAGAUGAAGAUGAAGACGAAGAAGCUAAUAUAGGCACAUCAAAUUUCUUUAGGAGCAUUUUAAGUACUGGAAGAACUGACUCACUGUUGAAUAGAUUGAAUAAUUACCAGCAUGUUCUUAGAAAUAUAUUUAGUCCAUCAAAUUUUAAUUAUCUUAAUCGAGACCCUCAACAAGAACCGCAUCCUUAAUAAUAAUAGUAGUAGCAGCAAUAAUAAUAACCUUAAUAGCAACAAGAAGAGCAUGAAAAUAGUGAAAAUUAAUAGUAAGAAUAAGCUUAAUAGUAGCACCAAGAAAAUUAAAAUUAAAUGGAAAUUAAUGAACAAUAAUUUAAUGAAAAUUAAAACAGAUAAAAUUAAGCAAAUAAUUAGCAUGAAAUAUCAACUAGUAAUACAGUAAAUAAUGAAAAUAUAUUUCAAAGUGGCUCUCAUGAAGGAAUAACUCAAGAAGAGGACCAUACAUAACUUGAUUAAUAAAAAUAAUAAGAUAACUAAAACCUAAAUGGUAAUAAUGAAAAUAAUGAAAUUGAUGAAAACUAAGUUUGA